CGCCGGGGCGGCGGGAGCGCGGCACGUGCGGCGGGGUCCCGCGGCGGGGUCCCGCGGCGCGGCCAUGGGGCGGAAGCUCGACCCCACCAGGAAGGAGAAGCGCGGCCCCGGGCGCAAGGCCCGCAAGCAGCGCGGGGCCGAGGUGGAGCUGGCCCGCUUCCUGCCGCCAGAGCCGGAGACCGGCAGGAAGAAGCUCUCCAGUCACGGCAGAAAGAGGGCUGCGAAGCGGCGGCUGGCAGCGGGCGGCGGCGCGGCGGGGAGCAGGCCGCGAGGAGGAGGAGGAGGAGAGCGGGAGCCGACGGUUGAAGAGCAGCUGUCCCCACAGAAGGAUAAACGUGCUGUAAAGGCAGCAGGACAAAUUGCCCGUGGCCGUUCUGGCUUCAGUGAUGGCAAUUCCAAGUGGCUGGCUCCAGCCAAAGUCAAGAAAACCCAGCCUAAAGGAAAUCAUGUGGAAUUAUCCAGUGAUGGUGAGGUGGAAGAGAGUAGCUGGGAGAUGGAGGAGGAGGAGGAUGGGAGCAGUGAGGAGAUGGUGGAUGAUUAUGGUGCCUCAUCAUCAGAGGAAGAAGAGCUGCUGCCUAUUGAAAAAGCUGCCCUGAAGCAGAAGCCUGACAGGGAAGGCCUCAGUGAAGAUGACAGUGAAGAGGAGGAGGAAGAAGAAACAGAAGAGGCAAACAAGCAGAAAAUGGGACAGAAGGAAGAAGAGGGCCCUGAUCUGCAGCUCAACCUGGAUAUAGAUGAACAAUUUAAACUGCCAACUAGUGAAGAGAUUGAGAAGGAGGCUGCUGAGCCGCCUGACCUGCACGUCAUUCACCAGCGCAUCCAGGGCAACAUGGAGGUGCUGCAGGACUUUGGGGUGAGGCGGGAGGAGGGCCGCUCCCGGCAGGAAUACCUCGCGCUGCUGCGCCGGGACAUGGCCGCCUACUACUCCUACAGUGACUUCCUGCUCACCAAGCUCAUGGACAUCUUCCCGCUCCCUGAGCUGAUAAACUUCCUGGAGGCUAACGAGGUCCCGCGCCCUGUCACCAUUCGCACCAACACGCUGAAGACGCGGCGGCGGGACCUGGCACAGGCUCUCAUCAACCGGGGCGUGAAUCUUGACCCCUUGGGGAAGUGGUCGAAAACGGGACUUGUGAUUUAUGACUCCACUGUGCCCAUCGGUGCCACCCCAGAGUAUCUGGCUGGACACUACAUGCUGCAAGGAGCCUCCAGUCUUCUCCCUGUCAUGGCCCUGGCUCCACAGGAGAAUGAGCGCAUCCUGGAUAUGUGCUGUGCCCCAGGAGGCAAGACCAGCUACAUAGCUCAGCUUAUGAAGAACACAGGGAUGAUCCUGGCUAAUGACAGCAGUGCCGAGCGGCUACGUAGUGUGGUAGGGAAUUUGCACCGCCUGGGAGUCAUCAAUGCUGUUGUGAGUAACUGCGAUGGACGCCAGUUCCCCAAGGUUAUCGGAGGGUUUGACCGUGUCUUGCUUGAUGCUCCUUGUAGUGGAACAGGCGUCAUUUCCAAGGAUCCUGCUGUCAAAACCAACAAGGAUGAGAAGGACAUUCAGCGUUGUGCCCACCUGCAGAAGGAGCUGAUUCUUAGCGCCAUAGAUUCGGUCAAUGCUGCCUCAGAGACGGGGGGCUACAUUGUCUACUGCACUUGCUCCAUCAUGGUGGAGGAGAACGAGUGUGUUGUGGAUUAUGCCCUGAAGAAACGCAAUGUCCGUUUGGUGGCCACAGGCCUGGACUUUGGCAAGGAGGGCUUCACCAGGUUCAAGGACCGUCGCUUCCACCCGUCCCUCAAGUCUACGCGGCGUUUCUACCCCCACACGCACAAUAUGGAUGGGUUCUUCAUCGCCAAGUUCAAGAAGUUCUCCAAUGCCCUCCCGCAGGCACAGAAAGAUGAAGAGCCUGCUGUGGAAGCGGCAGCUCCGUCCGCUGUCCCGGAUACCGCCAUCACGGAGCCUCUGCCAAAAAAGAAGAAACUUGAGGAAUCAAAAGCUCACAAAGAGCAGAAGCUGCCCCAACCUGCUUUGAAGAAGAAAGGUUCAUUGCAAGCACAGAGGAGACCCUUGAAGGCUGUCCGGCCUUUUCCCAAAAUGAUGCGGCCUAAAGUCCCUGCCAGGAAGAAGAAGCAUAGAGUGAAAACGAAUGGACAGUGAGAGGAACUGCUUUUCCUUGUGCUGCUCCCUUCCUUGGAGAGCAAAGGCUGCUGCAGCUCUGUGUGUACCCCCACUUUGCUGCUCUGUGCAGAUCAUCUCUGCAGCUCUGAGCACCUGGGACAAUGAUAGCCCCCUUUGCUCCUUUCCCUUUUGCAUCAAGGACUGAUGCAGUGAUCUAUUAAAAGUUUUAUACUGUUGCUCAAGUCUUGUUCUUUUUCCUUGGAACACCAAAUACAGAAUUUUGCUGUGUCCCC